AUGACAAAUCUUAAGCAGCACGUCACACAGGAAAACCUAACCGUAUCCAUGUCGAAUAAACGAUGUUGUUCAAGAUCUGGAGGAGUAGGAUACAUUGAUAUGAUCCCUGUUGAUCUCCUCGUCAAUAAUAUAUUGUCAAGACUGUCGGUGAAGUCUAUGGGAAAGUGUCGAUGCGUAUCCAAACUCUGGUCGUCGAUAAUUCGCCGUCCAAAUUACAACCUGUUGUUCCCGCGGAGGAUCAAGUCUCCGGAUGGUCUACCAAAGCUCCUUUUCGCCAUCAAAGCCGAAAACAAGUUGUACUACUUCUCUUCACCUCUUAAAAAGUCAUCUCUUGUAGCCACCCUUCUUUAUACUCAUACCUUCACAGAUUUAUUUCGAUUCUGUGGCUCUAUAUGCGGACUAGUCUGUGGUCAAAGUCGGGGAAAGAAUUAUACAGUGGCUGUGAUUUCUAAUCCAAUCACAGGAGAAUCUGUAACCACACCCAAAGUGAAGACAACGCAUGAUAUUGAGUCAAAGUUUUACUUUGGGUAUGAUCCAGUGGAGAAACAGUACAAGGUCUUGGGUGUAACCUGGUCAACGGAGAAGGAGUUUUCUACUCAGCACUAUGUUCUCAUGUUAGAGACCGGAAAUCUCUCAUGGAGAAAGAUCCAAUGUUGCAACACUUAUCAUCCUCUGAUUGAAGAUGGGGUAUGCAUCAAGGGUGUUUUAUACUAUACAGCAAAGAACAAUAAAAAAACACUUGAGAUAGUUUGCUUUGAUGUUAGGUCUGAGAAGUUCAGUUUUGUUAACGUUGAUCCAGACUUGGCAACAAAUAUUUGUGGUAUAGGUUCGACACUGAUAGAUUACAAGGGUAGAUUAGGUGCUAUGGUUCAUAGUUUUAUUGAGCUAUGGGUUUUAGAGGAGGCCAAGGAACAGAAAUGGUCAAAGAAAAACUACAAGUUUAAUCCGGGCUCUUCGUAUUCUGUUGGAGUGACUGGUAGAGGGAAAAUUAUGUUUUACCCAAAAUAUGGAAGAGAAGAACGUUUGCACAUUUUUUACUACGAUCGCAAGAGGAACUAUGUGGAAGGAAUUGGAAUUGCAGGAUUUGAAGUUGGUAGUGAAAGGUAUGAAGUUUACACGUUUCAAAACUAUGUAGAGGAUGUGAACCUUAUAUGA